CAUAUUUAUCAACCUUUCACUUCUCCUUUUUCACAAAUAGCCCCGGGCAUUAGUGUUAGCAGUCUUGUCGCAGCCAUCUCAAGGAUAAUCACUGAAUUCUGCCUAAAAGACUUAAGGAAAGUGCCUGCAAAAGGGUGAGCAUAUCAGCAUGGGCGUAAGUAGCCUGAAAUUGCUGAAGUAUGUCCUGUUUUUCUUCAACUUGCUCUUUUGGUUCUGUGGCUGCUGCGUUUUGGGAUUUGGGAUUUACUUCCUGAUGUACAACAACUUUGGGGCGCUCUUCCAUAACCUCCCCUUCCUCACACUGGGCAAUGUACUUGUCAUCGUGGGAUCCAUUAUCAUGGUAGUUGCCUUCCUGGGCUGCAUGGGCUCCAUCAAGGAGAACAAGUGCCUGCUUAUGUCGUUCUUUGUUCUACUGCUUGUUAUCCUCCUUGCUGAGGUGAUCUUGGCCAUCCUGCUUUUCGUGUAUGAACAGAAGCUGGGUGAGUAUGUGGCCAAGGGCCUGAAAGACAGCAUCGAUCACUAUGGCUCAGACAACAGCACCAAGGCAGCGUGGGACUCCAUCCAGUCAUUUCUGCACUGUUGUGGUGUAAAUGGUACGAUGGAUUGGAAAAAGGAAAUACCAAAAUCUUGCGAAGGUCAAGUUGAGGGUUGCUAUGUGAAAGCAGAACAGUGGUUUCGCUCCAAUUUCCUGUAUAUUGGAAUCAUCACUAUCUGUGUAUGUGUGAUCCAGGUGUUGGGGAUGUCUUUUGCGCUGACCCUGAACUGCCAGAUUGAUAAAUCCAGCCACAUCUUAGGGAUGUGACCUGCAACUACCCUGUAUUGGAGAGACUUGUUUUAUCUUUGGAAAUCCAAAACCACUUGUAACAUGAAUCCCUAAAUGAUCACCUCCUGGACUGGCACUUUUGUCCUCCACCCAUCUCUUCCCUGGUUUCAUCACUGCCUCAAACAACUAGAUAUGAGGGUAUUGGUCAGGAGUUUCCCAUCUCAGGCAGCAAACCAAUCAUACAUCAGCUCGUGGCAGCAGCCCCAUGCCACUCAAGGUGGUGACACUAACACCAAGGGUUUUUCAGACAUGACAGGGCCAGAGAAUCUGUGGCAUUAACAUCUCAAGAUCAAACGGUAGGUCCAGGAUUUGAAUUUUGGUAUCUUCCCAUUGUCAGCCUCAAGCCUCUAAAUCAUGUUCAGUCUACUCUACAAAGUUAAGCAAGAGACAGGCUAAAGCUAAAGGGUGUUCUGGGGCCACACUCACUGAAUCAUUGUCACAACCCUCUGUUUCCUUUCGACUAGAAGAAUGACAGAGUACUGUUUCCCCAAAGGGUGAGGUUUCUUUUCAAUUUCCUUAUUAAAUGGGCUUGCUGACUUAUUCUAAGUCGUUCCAGAAGAAACUAUCCAGUGAUUCAUAUCCUGACUUUAACCAGUCUCUUAGCUUUUGAUUUACAUAGUCAUGGAGGAGCUCAGUAGCACCUGUGUCUCUGAUAGGUUAGCUGAUAAUCCCAUUUAGAAGAAUUCUGCUGUUAUUUCUUUAUCAGAUAAGGUUUUAUAAAUGUACUAUUUUAACACUUCAAUAAAUAAAAUAUCUUAUGUUCUCAA